AUGAGACCUCAAAACAUUAUAAAGCGUAGGUUCCCAAAGGUCAUUUACCAUUUUUACCCCUUUAAUUCGGUGGUCAUUCCGUUGCUCGUCGGCCCUUUGGCUCUCCGUUGAAUAUUGUUCCUCAUCGUUCUUUCAAUAGACUUGAAGUUGACCGCUCUGUUCACGUUCAUCUUCACUCCCGCUGAUGCAGCAUUCCGUCCUAGGUUGUGUCAUCUGCAUUGCAGAUUGUUCAAAUACACUCGGAAAUGCCUGGUAAGUCUGGAAUUUGAGAAUUUGAGUGCAUCGAAGAGUAGUAUUAUAUAUAAUAACCUAAGCUGCCUUGGCCCUAGCACAAAUGUUAAUCGAAGCUCCUGUCCCUUAAACUAACGGGAAGUGCCUCAAGUGCGGCGCUCAGAUUUUGAUGAAACUUGGCACAAAUUUAGAAUAUUUAAAAAAUAUAUAUGCCAGAAUCAUAUAAUAGCUUGCGCUUUGCAGAAACAGCCGAGAUUAUUAGAUCAAAAGUCGGCGAAAAUUUGACAUUUUUUGCCGAAUUUCGGCACGAAAGAUACAUAUUUCUACCGUAAAGGGUAAUGUUUAUACAAAAAAUAAUUUUUUUCGCGCGAAACUAGCAAAGUUACGGCCAAAAAGUGUUUUUCGCUCUGACCACUCUCCACGUUUAGCGUACUCUCUCGGCGGCAAAGAUGGUUCAAUAUUUCGGUGGCGCUUGCAAAGCGCGAGCUAGAACUUUUAGAAAUUGAUAUUUAGUUCAUGCCCGACUUGGGGUACUUCCCUCGUUAGAAACUAAAUUGAAAGCCGAAGUUCGGGCGCAGCUUGAGAAAAAUAAUUUUUUUGCGGAUGCCAUAAAUGAACAAGGGGUACUUCCCUUGUUAGGGCAAGAAAAACGAACUUUACUGUGUAAAUAUACAUAUUAUGCUCUAGGGUAGAAGUAGGCCUGAAACUUUUUGCGCCGAAACUCGCCAAAAUAUGGUGCAUUUUCGCCGACUUUCGAUUUAAAAAUCCCGGUUCUCUAUACAAUGUUCAAGGACUAGGAUUCUCACAUACAUGUAUUUUAGAAAAAAAUAUUAUAAAUUUGCGACAAGUUUCAUCAAAAUCUGAGCGUCGCGCUCGGGGUACUUCCCCUGUCGGCCUAACCUAAGCCAGCCAACUUAUCAUUGUAUAAAACGCCCACGCCGGUUGCGUCUUUUGCUUUUUUUGGCCUUUUUCAAAAUGACCUCAAUUUUACCACAAGUUUGCAUAAACCGUGAGUUUUCGCAGCCAAAACCACUAUAAAAGGGUGCUCUGCGGAAGCCAUUUUACAAUUUUUGCUUCUGGAGCUCGGUGUUCACUCGCUGUUCCUCGUUGGCGUUUCGUCUCUUCGUCGGCCGUCCUCCCCCAUCGUUCUCGCAAUGGACUUGAGGCUGAUCGCUCUGUUCUUGGUCAUCUUCGCGGCUGCUGGUGUGGAUGGCGCAAUGCGCGCACACAUGCGUCAUCUCCGUCUCGCGCAGGAGAAGAAGUUUGACAAAAAACCGCCAUUUAACAAGGAAAAAUGUGAAGUAAGUUUUUUAACAUUGUUUUUUAAGACACUUUAUUGACUUCCUGGUUUUGGUUUCCGAAAAUGUUUUUUCCCUCAGCUGCGCCCGAGCUUUGACUAGGAGAUUGUUUUCAGCGGGGAAUUUUGGAUGGGGAUGAAUUUUGAGGGCGAAUUUGGGGGUAAUGUUUUCUUUUUGCGACCGAGAGAGCACGCGAAAAGCGGAGGGUGGCCAUAGAGAAAGACACUUUUGCCCAUAUCUUUGCAGUUUCGAGCGGAAAAAAAGUGUUUUUUGAGGAAAAACUACCCUCAGUUAAUGCCUGUCAGUGUAAGGACCUCAUCAAAAAAUGAAAAGUCAAUGCGAUUGCGUCAAGUAUAUAAGCGCUUGGACUAAACAGUUUCUGUGAAAUUAAAACCAAGUUUUCAUCCAAAAAAGUUCGUUGCCAUGUUCUAACAGUUAUUUAAAAAAUUUCUAGAAGCUGAAGGAAGACCCGGUUAUGGUCGACAUCCUCAACACCGCAUGUGAAAAUUGCCCGCAUUCACAUGACCCUCCCGCCACCCAGGAAGGAUGCAUGUCCAAUUGCUGGGACAACUAUGAAGUCAUGGUUUGUGCUUCGAACGCUUAUGAACUACGCAAACUUGAUACUCUUCCUAAUCCAUAUGACAGUUAG